CAAUGACAUCGACUCUCAUUAAGCGGUAAGUGGUCGUGCUUGGGUAGUCGACCAAGAAGCAGAACAUACAUACCGCACCUGGGUGAUUGCCGAUUCUCGCCAUGGAUGACAUGGAGUUCUUCUUCGAGGAAUCUGGAGCAGGGCUUGUACUGCGUUUCGAUGUCGGGGUUGUCUUAAGAGAUCUAGUUGCCGGCGCACAAUUGGCUGAUGGCGACACGAGUGGAAUUGGCGAUGCAUAGGAGGACCUGAUUUCUUCUAUGCCGAUAGGACCAGCUGGAAGCCGCAUGGAUUACGAAGGGGGCGAGGAUAUUGGUGAAACAGUGCGCACUGGGAGGGGGGUGUGCGGCUCAUAUGAUCUUGGAGGCGAAGGGAUGGGUGAUUCCUGCGAGAUAGGUGAUUCAAAUAUUGCGUCUGAUGCCACGGACCAGGGUGCAGACGAGGAGGGUGUGGGAGUAACCAAUGCAAAUCAAUCUUCUUGGACCAGGAGGGUCAGAGUUGGGAAGGCAAAGGAUGAGAGGGAGCCGAGCCCUUCAAGGAUGCCUGCCCUUGAAGCUUUUGUCCAUGCAUAUGUCGAUAAAAAAUCAGGAAACGUUGUCAAUCCAUCGAUUGGGACUAGUUUUGAUUCUGUCGAAGAAGGCUACGAGUUUUACAAUAUGUAUUCCUGGGAGGCCGUCUGAAUGUACACCGGAAAAAAUGCAUGCAGGAGAUUGUGUAGGCAGAGAAGCGAGAGUGCAAACCACCUACUGAAAUGAUAUGUACAACCAGGGUGCCCCAUGCACUUGUUCAUCAGGCAGUAUGAGAAAAAUGCAAUUUGACCGUGACUCAGAAGAAAGUUACCAGGAGAAAAGGACAAAACUAGGAGGGGUUGUCCUGAAGCAAAAUAUCCCAAAUGAGGUACAUGCAUCGCAGGUUUAUACCACGACAAUGUUUGAAAAUUUUGGUGAAGCCUUGUAUGAACGUGGGUUGUAUGAUCUAGUAGAAGUCAAGCCACAUUUGGAGUACAUUGCUAGGCACAUCAAAUUUCAGUCGAGGGAAAAGUGGUGCAAGAAUGAGUUUGUGAUUUCCGUGAGCGAGUCGGCUGAUGAGUUCGGGUGCGAGUGUGGGACAUUCGAGCACUAUGGAAUGGUUUGCAGCCAUGCACUUAAGGUCGUGAUACACCUGAAAUUGCAUGAGCUCCCUGCGAAGCAUGUGCUCAGGCAAUGGACUAGAGAUGCAAGAGAUAUACUACUGCCAGAGUAUCUGCGCUGCCAGAAGGAUCAUGGAACGCUGAAGUAUUCUUCUCAUCAACGCAACACUUUGUACCUGCUAGCGCUUGAUGCCGGUAAGUUAGGCGACAGCAAUGUGGAAGCAUGUGCACUUGCUAUGGAGAAAAUGCGAGAUGUCAAAGUGUUGGUCGAGCCAGUUGCCGCCAUGAGGGAUGGGCUUGGUUUGUCUGAUAUAGAGUUGGCUACAGAUUCAGCCGGCUCUAGCGUUGGUAACAAGCAGCACUUUGGCCGAACUGAGUUUGAGCACACCAUUUUGCAAGCAUCCGAUGUGUUCCCGACGCCGAAACGAUCGGCUGGGCGUCCCACAAGGUCACAACUAGCCGUGACAAAGCUCCAUACGAGGAACCAUCAAACAGUAGAUUAUGUUAUGUAUGUGGAGUUCAGGGACACAAGAGCACAACAUGCCUUGCUCGGGGGAUGUGCCAAAGGCACCUAGGAAAUCUCCUUGCUGCUCAAAAUGUGGGUUAACAGGGCACAGGAACACAUGCAGCAACCUGGCUAAAGUCUGAAAAAACUUAAUUUCAGUGUUGUUUACCGGUGGUAUGCAUUUGGCUAUGUCGCCCUUUGUUAAUACUGUAGAAACAGUCUGAAACGAGCCGAGGAAUAAGAAGACGCCAUGACUACGGUUAUGGGGAGAGGUUCAGAA